UCUGCCGUCCCAUCUGCACAGGCCAAGUCGGUGAGAUAUCCGCGUGAAGUCCCCUCUCUCCUGUUCUUACUCGCGAAGCAGCGGGUUCCCCGAAGUCAAGAAGUCUCUCGUGUCCUCCGUCCCUUCCUCCCAUUCCUUCUGACAACCCGCUUCCCUUUCUCCUCCUUCCCCAAACCCUAGUUUCCAAUUUCUCUUGCGGCCUUCCCGUUCCGCGAUGGAAGAUGUGAAGGACAAGAUGAAGGGCCUCAUGAAGAAGGUCAACAAACCCUUCUCCUCCUCCCCUUCCUCCAAAUUCAAAGGCCAAGGACGAGUCCUCGGCUCCUCCUCCGACUCCGACUCCGCAGCCGCAUCCUCUCCCUCCUCAUCCGCCGCCUCCGCCGCCGCCUCCCGUCUCCUGCCAAUCCGCCCUCCUCCCACCUCCCGAUCCCUCCCCAAGCCCUCCCCCAAAUCCGUCCCCAAACCCUCCGAACCGAAUCCUUCCACCGAAUUCAACCCCUUCGACCCCCUCGUCUCCUCUGGACGCCACCUCGUCAACGGCUUCACCCAGUCCUCUGUCAAUUCCUUCGAGUGCCCCGUCUGCGCUCGCUCCUUCCCUUCGGAGGCCGAUGUCGCCGCCCACAUCGAUGCCUGCCUUACCCAAGAUGCCGCGACCGCUCCACUGGGAAAUGGCGUCGUGGCGGAGCAUGUCUCGACUUUCUUGUCUGCCGUCUCGGCGGAUGGGGCGGUGGAGGUCGUGCUGAAGCUGCUGAGGAAUGUCGUCCGGGAGCCGGAGAAUGAGAAAUUUCGAAGAAUAAGAAUGGGCAAUCCGAAGAUUAAGGAGGCAGUUGGCGAGGUAAAAGGAGGGGUGGAGCUGUUGGAGUGUCUGGGGUUUGAGCUCGGAGAGGAAGGGGGUGAGGUUUGGGCUACAAUGCACGUCCCAUCGGAGGAGCAGCUUGCGGUGGUCAGAGAUGCAGUGUCUUUUUUGGAAAGUUGGAAGUCGGAGGAUUCUAAUCCUACAUCGGCUGAGACAUUGGGUACAGUGGUGGAGAGUUCGGAUAGGCAGAAGAAGAUUGACCGGCAGGUUCGAGUGUUUUUUCCUGUUCCUGAAAAUGUGGCUGCAAGAAUUGACCUGCCAGAUUCUUUCUAUAACCUUUCUAGUCAAGAGCUAAAGAGAGAAGCUGAGCUAAGGAAGAAAAAGAUAUCGGAGUCUCAGCUUCUAAUUCCUAAGUCAUAUAGGGAGAAGCAGGCAGUGACUGCUCGGAAGAAGUAUAAGCGGACAGUUAUUCGAAUCCAAUUCCCUGAUGGUGUAGUUCUCCAGGGUGUCUUUCUCCCUUGGGAGCCAACAACUGCACUAUAUGAGUUUGUUAGCUCUGCUUUGAAGGAACCCAGUUUGGAAUUUGAGCUCUCGUCCCCAGCAGUGCCUAGGCAACGCCUGAUCCCUCAUUUCCCUGGACGCGGAAGUAAAACACCAACUCUAGAGGAGGAAGGCUUGGUUCCUUCAGCACUGGUCAAGUUCAAACCCAUCGAGACAGUUUCCAUUGCAUUCACGGGCCUGACAAAUGAACUUCUUCAAGCCCGUGAACCAGUAACAAGCAAAACGCCUGUCUUGUAGGUGUGGGACGUAGAGAGCUAGAAGCUCAAUAAUGGUGAUGAUGGUGUGCAGUAAAUGGUACAUUUAUAGACUGCUGAUUCGAAUGCAUUCAGAUCUCAGGUGGUCUAACACUAGUCAUGAUUAUGCGGUGAAAUUUGUAAGUCAUUGUAUCCCUUGAUUUGCGAGUGCAUGGUAAAUAAUGCAUUUGCAAUCUACCUCAGUUGAUUGUUCUGGGAUGUUAUAAUAGCAGCGUUUGAUAAUCUCAAGAAACGAAUGUAAGAACUGCAAAGGGAUUCAAAUGCCAUCAAAUUUCCACGGGGCUUCAAAGUAAAUCCUUUGAAUUCUCUGAAGGAACCCCAUUUCUCCA